AUGAAGAACAGCCGCAAACAAGUCAGUGUCCAACACCCACCGCCACACCGCGAGGACCCCUCCACCCAGCCACUUCUCCCCAGAAAAAUCAACGUGCCUGCCCUCCCAGGAGACAAACAAGCCCGCCGAACAGGAACCCCACUGACAGCGCACCGCCGGCACGCGGGGGCCCGAGCGGCCCGACAGAAAACAACACCGGAAGGCCUAUAUGGACGAACCGACCGCACCAACCAAGCCCCCAGGCGGACUCUCCCACCCAAAAACACAACAAAACCACUCUACCCCCACCGAUCACAGCAAACACAGCCUCAAGGCAAACAAAGGACAGAGCAGCCCCACCCAAUGCGCGCCAGAGAGCCAGAGCAGCAAAGUCGUCCCAGCCGUGCACCAGAAGCUGGCACAAGCAGCAAAAAGAAAGCAGCAGACGCGACCCCGCCGCACCCGGCGCGAAAGCAGCACGACCCGCCGAGAGGAAGACGCCCCCCCCCGCAGCCAAACACCGAGCAACCCUCCGCUCCCAAAUUGCCCCCGCGCACAGGGCACCGCACCGCGCACUACCGGCACCAGUCCCAACAAAGCGAAGCCACACCCCCGACCCGGGGGGUAUCCCAAAGGGGCCCCACGACGCCCGCAACCAGCCCACAACAGACACACAUGAACCCUGGCCGCAGGCGCGACCACCCAUACACCCUCCCCGGACGACGCAACCACACCAAGCGCCACAGCCAACCACCGAAACCCAGCACUGAAAGACGAGGCACGCCCCGACAACCUGCAGAACUGAAGCACCCCGGCCGGCACCACAAAAGAACCGAUGCCCGGCACCCAGCCCCACCCAGCAGCAGCACAGCUGCCAGACCAGUAGCCCACGUCCGCCACCACGGAACCCCCCAAGAGCACCACAUGCGGCCGCCUUAG